GGGCUCUUAGUCGCUGGAGGCAGAGGACAGAGGAGGGAGCUUGGUUCGCUGAGCUUUGUGCGGGUGGCCCCUCGUCUCUCCCCACUCUCGCGGUGCGAGGGAUCUGGGUCCCUGGACCGACAUUUCGGCGUGAGGGGGGAUGGAGGGGACUGCUCUGGUUUCCAUGGUGAUGGGCCGGGUUCUGCACGCGGAGGGGAUUGCUGCGGGAGGGGUGGAGGGGAAGCCAAAGGUAGGCGUUGCCAUGGUAACCCUGGAGCGGAAGGAGUUUAGGGAUGUCGUGGGAGGAAUGAGAGUAACAGCCUGGGAUGCUUGGUGGAAGAAUGGGGAGUGUGAUGGAGGAAGCGGUUAGAAAAAAGAGGAGUUGAAGUGAUACUAGGGGAAUUAGGUGUUUUGAGCGAGUGGGAGUGUCUUGGUGGAUUCAUAUAUAAUAAGGGGAUUUGGGGAGGUCAUUGGAGAAAUCGGUAUGCUGAUAAGUACCUGGGAUGUUUCAGGGGAAGUGGAAAUGCAGUAGGGGACAUUAGGACGUUAAAUUCAUUUAUCAAUCAGAUUAUCUGCACAGCUCCUCGUAUGUGCCAGGCACGGCUAGAUUUGGAGAAUACAGUGGUGAGCAGGACGUGUGAGAUUAUAGAGGGGUUUAGGGUUUAUGGGGCAGUUAGAGUAUUAUAGGAAAAGGAGCGUGUUGUCGCAUGGAAGAAACGGGCAGUUGGAAAGAACUCGGUUAUAAGAAGAAGCUGGAAUUGGGGUAUUACGUAAAUUAAUUCUGGCACUAUUUUAGAAGACUAAUGAAGUACCAGCCUCUGGGAAGCGCUGGGGACUCCUCAGAGCGAAGUUAGUCUUAUGGAUAGGGUUGCCAGAUUUGGGGGGAAGGCAAUGCCAAUUAAAUUCAAAUUUCACAACACAUGCUAUUUUAGUUGUUUGUCGUUUAUCUGAAAUUCAAAUUUAACUGGGCAGUCUAUAUUUUCAUCUGGCAACCCUAAUUUUAGGGAAUUGGGAUGUUUAGGAAGAACGGGUUCUUAUAGGGGACGUGGAGCGUUACAGAGUAAUUGGCUUGUAGGAAGAGGAGCUGGGGAUACUCAGGAAAAGGCGGAGUGUUGAAGCCAACAUUAAGAUCGCCACUUACUGUAUGCCCGGGGCUAUGCUAAAUGCUUUUGUUUUCAAAAGCUCUUUAUGAUGGGAAAUUUCAACCCUACACAAUAGUAGAACAAUGUAAUGAAGCUACUUGCACCCUCUCUGCUUUAAAUGAGCACCAUAUUGAAGCAUCUCGGCAAUCCUAUGCGGUAGCAUUACUAUUAUCCCCCCAUUUUACAGUUGAGGAAACUGAGGCAGAGAGAGGUUAAAUAACUUGACCCAAGUCACACAUUGGAAGGGGCAGGACCAGGAUUUGGAACCAGGCAGUCUGGCCUCCGUCUGCAGUGUAACACACAACUUCCGUUUGGGAAGUGUCGGUAGGGGGAAGUGGGACCUUGUGAGAGCAACUAGAAGGAGGUAGGGUGUCAAAGGAAAGAUAAUUGGGCUGUUUAGCUUGUGCCAUUGUUAGAGGAUUCCUAUAAGGGCGAGUGGAGGCUUGUUGGGAGCACUGGGAUGUUUGGGGAGAGUAGGGGAGUUAUAGGAAGAGUUUGGUGUUUUGAGGUAUAACGGGAAGUUGUGUAGCUGUGUUUUCUAGUACAGUAGCAGGUAGCCACAUGUGGCUAAAUUAAAUUAAAAUGAAAUGCAAUUAAAAACUCUGUUCCUUGGUUACACCACAUUUCACAUACUCGGUGGCCCCACUGUAUUGUACACUGAAGUCCUAGGCCAUUUCCAUCACUGCAGAAAGUUCUAUCUGCCGGCACCGAUGUGUGGCAAGAAAUAGGAUGUUACAGUGAAUGUGCGGUUUCCUGGUUCCUAACUCUCCGGCCUUCUCUCUUAUCACUUGCCCUCCUGCCUCAUCUACAGCCGGCUCUAGCCUGUUCCCCAAACAGGACCAACUCCAUCUAACUUUGACCCCUGCUCUUCCCUCUGCCUGGAAUCCCCAUCCGGCUCUUUGCACUUCAGGCUUAAAUGUCACCUCCCGGGAGAGGAUUCCCGUGAGAGCCUUAUUGAAAGACGCCAGCAUCCCCUUCCCACCACCAGCAACUAUCCCAUCCCCCUGUAUUAUUUCUUUCAGAAAACUUUCCAGGAUCUAAACUCUUGUUCAUUUAUCAUUUACCUUUUCAUUGUCCAUCUUCCCCACUAGGGGGAGGCCUCCCCCUCACCAUGGAACAUUCCAGGGCCUGAAAUUGUGCCUGGCCCAGAAGAAACAAUAAAUUAUGUUGACUAAGCGAAUCGAGGCUAUUCAGAAUUCGAGAGUAGUGAUAUUACAGGGGAGAUUGGGGUGUUACUGGGGGGGCAUAGGAAUUGAUACCAGGAAUUUGGGUGAUAAAGGAAGGAUUGGGGCACAAGGGGGUAUGGAGGACAUUAGAAAACAAAUGAGGGGGUGGCAGAGGAGGACUUGGGACGUUCCAUGGAAUUGGCUAUUUGCAGGAUUAUUAAUUCCCCAGUGCCUCAGUUUCCUCAUCUGUAAAAUGGGAAUAAUAACGAUAUCCAUUUCAUAAGUUUGUUUGAGGCUUAACUGAGGUAACACAUGGAACGUGUUUAGAAGACACCCUGUCAUCAUCAAAAUUAUUACUGAUGUUAAAGCAGGAGUUGGGGUACACAGGAUCCUGCCUCCUUGCUUCACCCCGUUCCCCAACUUGGCCUCACUGCACCUGGGAAGAACCCUGGGGUUCCAAAAAGUGGUUUGAAAUCCACUCUGCUGAGGCAGGCCACCGCAGACUGUGACAAUAGCGGGCACGUGGCAGGAGAUGGGUAGCAGUAACUCUUCCCGGUGUAGACGGUCCAGAGCCCUCUUCACAGCUCCCCACCUGGCCGCCUUCACUCAUCAAAGCCCCAUGCCUGCCCCCAUGCUGACAUUUAAUUAGCUCUGAACUACACCGUGCCACAGGUUUUACCUAUGGGAUCACCCAUGCUCCCCAGGAGGUGGGCAUUGUGCCCGUUUUCCGGCUGGGGAAAUUAAAUCAGAGAGGUUCAGCGAUUUGCCUAAGGACACACACAGUAGAGGAGAGUCGUUCUCCCCAAUCUCCACCCCUCCACUUCGAGUGGCUCUCAUUUUAGCAGAAAGAAUGCCUGGAUGGAGUCACAGAGAACUAGCCGGCUCCCAGUACGGCUCAGUCAUGCGCUUAUUGAGGCUCAUUCUCUCUGCGCCUCAGUUUCUUCAUGUGGAAAAUGGCUGCUUUGAGAAUUGAAGAUAACGUGCUUAUGCUGUCUGGUACAUGCCAAGCGUAUCAGUAAUCAGUAUUAUAUAUCAGUCCUCUCCUUUUCUUUUGAGACUGAAGCUGUGGGUUGACAUUUGAGGGGAAAUUCGGCGACGGCGAAUGGGGAGACCCCGCCAAGUCAACCCCCUAAUAAAUACCGACCGCUGGUCCAGAAAUCCGCUACGCAUGCGCAUUCCGGGGCGCAGGAUGCGCCGCGGCCCCGGAUCUUAGGAUGGAUGGAGACGCCCGAGAACCGAAGGUCUAGCUGGAGGGGAAGAUGCAGAGCACAGCACUAAGUGGGGCGGGGGUAGCGAUAGGGAGGCUGCGAAGUGUAGGAAGACACUGGUCGAAUCUAAAAGGCACGGGCCAGCCGGCGGCCCGGUCAGUUUCUAGCUGAACAGGGAUUCCGUUCAUGCUUCACCCCCCCCCCCGGUAAUGGUCUCGCCCGACUCCCCUUCUCUUCUGCCACUCCAGGACGUACCAAGUUCGCAGCAGAGGGAUGACAGGAGUGGGCCUGGGUGCAGAAGGGACCAUGCGGCGGGCGGGACCAUUGUCGUGGAGAUCGGGGGAAAACGUAGGUGGAGGGGGCGGCGGUAAAGGGGUCCAAACAGUUGGAAGAGGAGAGGCCUUCAGGAGCCCCUUGUUUGAAGGCUGGGGCGGGGCUUGGAAGACGUUUGCAAGGAAAAGAAGGCGGGGCCUCUGGAAAGGCGCGUUCAUUGGGUGGGGAGGUGGGAGGUUGCGGUGGGCGAGUUCAUCGUGUGUCCGAGUGAGGGGGAUGAAAUUGGUUGGGAGACACCAUUGUUUGUAGGGGGAGAUUCCGGCAGUGCUUGGCGGUGGCCUCUUCGUGCAUGAAUGGGGAGGGUCCGGUCCCCUCUGCCUCCUCGCAGCCCGGAGCUGACCAACAACAGCCCCGCCUCACUGUCACCUCAGCAUCCAGAGCCCCAGGGCCAAGUCAGGGGCAGACCCCACGCCAUGAAGGUGGGAGAUGGAGCUGUGGGUCCUGGAGACCCCCCAGACUGUCAGGGGUUGGAUCCAUCUCAACUGAGGACACACUCUGAGGAGCCCGAGGUCCCGGAAGAAGAGGCGCCCGGGGGAGACGAGGCGGCGGCCCCGGCCCUGCUGCGGCUCAUCGACGAGCGCGGGGCGUACUCGACCGCGCGCCUCGUGCCCGACGGGGCGCCAGGCUCCCUCCGCGGCGGCGCCGAGAGCCCGGAGAGGGGGGCGCGGCCCAGGCCGUUCGGCUGCGCGGCCUGCGGGAAGGCCUUCAAGCGCGCGUGGGAGCUGCUGAGCCACGAGGUGGUGCACACGGCGGCCCGGCCCUUCCGCUGCGGCCUGUGCGCGGCCGCCUUCAAGCGCCACUCGGACUGCAAGAGCCACCGGCUGGUGCACAGCGACGAGCGGCCGCACCGCUGCGAGGCCUGCGGCAAGCGCUUCAAGCGCGCCAGCAACCUGCAGGAGCACCGGCGCAUCCACACGGGCCAGCGCCCCUUUCCCUGCCCGUCUUGCCCGAAGCGCUUCAAGACCCCCUACGAGCUGCACCGCCAUGAGCCGCGGCACGCCCCUUCGCGGCCCUUCGCCUGUCCCGACUGCGGCAAGGCCUUUGCAGCGGGGCCUGCCCUGCUUCUGCACCGGCGGCGACGCUGCGAGGACAAGCCCCACGCGUGCCGGGUGUGCGGCAAGCGCUUCACGUACGGGCACAGCCUGCGGGUGCACGAGCGCGUGCACACGGGCGACCGGCCCUUCGUCUGCCCGCUGUGUGCCAAGGCCUUCAAGCAGUCCAACGCGCUGGCCUCUCACCGCCGCGUGCAUUCGGGCGAGCGGCCCUACCGGUGCGCCACCUGUGGCAAGGCUUUCAAGCAAUCGUCCUACUUGGCCGUUCACCAGCGCACGCACACGGGCGAGCGGCCCUACGCUUGCAACGCCUGUGGCAAGGCCUUCUCCAGGCCGUCGCUGCUCCUGCAGCACCGCCGUGUGCACAGCCCUGUGCGCCCUUAUGCCUGCCGUUUCUGCCCCAAGCUCUUCAAGGACCUGGCUUACCAUGCCAUCCACGAGAAGGUGCACACGGGAGACACGCCCUAUAAAUGCAGCGUCUGCAGCAAGGGCUUUGCGCACCCUAGCAGCCUGCUACAGCAUCAGAGGGCGCAUCGGGAUGGCUGAGGGCUGCGUGCCAGGCCGUGGCGGGGCCAGGGAGGGCUCAGUGUCCCCGCAGCUGCAAUGUGGGAUAACCAUGUCCAACUGAGGCCCCAUUUAGGGUAUGCGGGACUCUGCACGGAUAGAAACAUUCUCUAUUUGCGCUGUCCGAUAUCUUAGCCACCAGGCACGUGUGGCCCUUUGAUCAUUUGAAAUAUGGCUAAUAUCACUGCAGAAGUGAUUUUUGGGGGGUAACUUUUUACUUUGAAAUAGUUUAAGACCCAGAGGAAGUUGCAAAAAUAGAACGGAGCCUUCCCAUGUACAUUUCCCUCAGCUUCUCCCCCAAUGAUAAUAUCUUAGAGAACGUAAGACAUUGUCAAAAACCCAGGAAAUUGAUGUCAGUACGAUUCUGUUAACUCAGGUACAGACCUUAUUCAGAUUUCACCAAAACGUAAAUGAAUUUUGAAAUGUACUUAAUUUUGAUUAACUUAAAAUGUAAAUGGUUAGCUGCCACCAUCUUGGAUAGGGCAGCUCUAAGGCGUGAAGACACCGAUGGUGAGGGGUCCCCAGUGGUGGUUUGUGACAUUUGAAGAACUGCCACACAUGCCCAUGUGAGCCACAAAAUACUCUUGAGAAGGACUUUGCAGAGGGUCUUUACCAAAACCAUCAAUAAUAAAGUCGUCCUUCGGCAAGGACUUUCCAUUGGCAGUUUGUGGCAUAAAGAACAUCUGGGUAGCCACAAAUGCAGGUGGGAGCUGUAGGAACUUUCUCAAAUGUUAGCACUCCUGGGACUCCACCACGUGCACGUAGACCUCUGGUGCCGAGGCCUUCCUGGUGGCGUUCAUCGCGUUUUAAGAAAUUCACAGAUGAGUGGGUAACUCUUCAAAGAGGACACUCUGGGUUAUGUCCAUGCAGGCACAGGACCAUGAAACUGUUGGUGCCGAGAUCUUCUCCUUUGUGGUGUAUGGCAUUUUAGGCAGAGUCGUUUUGCUAAGGACGAUGGCUUGACCUGCAUGGGUUCCAUCUCUGAUUGGCUGCUUCUUGGGCCUCAUCUUUCAGAUCAAUGUAUGAUGGUUUGAGGCCUUUCCAGACCCUCCACAAUGUUCCCUUCCACCCCAACAGCAGCUCCGUGAACCUGACUUUGGAUGGAGACAUUCUCCUGGACCUUGCCUUAUGGAUGGUCGGAAGCGUGAUGAGAUGGCUUAUGGAAUGGUGACCAAGGUGGUAUCCAGAAUAUCGGAGUCGUCCCAUUCCGCCCCCGAG